AUGGUGGAUAAUUUCAAUGCAAGUUGGGAAGGGUACUUUAGUCUUCUGGGUUUUUCUAAAUGGCCUCAUCUGGAAGUUGCUCUCUUUGUGGUGAUCUUGAUAUUCUACUUGAUGACACUGACAGGCAAUCUCUUCAUCAUCAUCCUGUCAUACUUAGAUUCCCACCUGCAUACCCCUAUGUACUUCUUCCUUUCAAAUCUCUCUGCUCUGGAUCUCUGCUACACCACUAGCUCUGUCCCUCAGCUGCUGUUCAACCUCUGGGGUCCAGAGAAGACGAUAUCUUAUUCUGGGUGUAUGCUACAACUCUACUUUGUCCUCGCACUGGGUACCACAGAGUGUGUUCUGUUGGUGGUGAUGUCCUAUGACCGUUAUGCAGCUGUGUGCAAACCCUUACAUUACUCUGUCCUCAUGAAUCCUCGUUUCUGCUACCUGCUGGCUGCAGCAUCCUGGGUAAGUGGCUUUACCACCUCAGCACUUCAUUCCUCCUUUACCUUCUGGGUACCCCUGUGUGGACAUCGCCAAGUGGACCACUUCUUCUGUGAAGUCCCAGCACUGUUGCGGUUAUCCUGUGUUGAUAUCCGUGCAAAUGAGCUGACCCUCAUGGUCAUGAGUGCCAUUUUUGUUGUUAUACCACUUAUUCUCAUUUUGAGCUCCUAUGGUGCCAUCGCAUGCACUGUUCUAAGAAUGCAGUCAACCACUCGACUUCAGAAAGUUUUUGGGACCUGUGGAGCCCAUCUUACUGUUGUGUCUCUCUUUUUUAUUCCAAUCAUGUGCAUUUACCUUCAGCCUCCAACAGAAAAUUCUCAAGAUCAAGCCAAGUUCAUUGCCCUCUUCUAUACUGUUGUCACCCCUAGCCUGAAUCCUCUCAUCUAUACCCUAAGAAACAAAGAUGUCAGAGGGGCAGUAAGGAGGCUGACUGGAUAUGAGAGGGAGCUAUGA